CUAUGUCAUUAUGUCAAGAACAUCGAUUAAUACAAUCUGCUAUCGAUUUAACAAUCACAAUGAUACGUACCUAGUUGUCAAUCACCGUUGGCAUGGCAACGGCUUUUUGUUUGUAACCUGUAAACAAAUGAAACUCAACUGUCAAGCCGUACGUGGAUGGAGCCGUGUAAUCUCCAAUUCAUAAAAGCAAAUUUACAUUAAAAUACUGCAAAAAAAUGAACUGUGAUACAUAGUUUCUGUAUAUUAAUGUUCGCGUGCAGAGGCGAGUCUAAACGUUUUGUUGUUACACGCAAAUGAAUCAGAACCAGAAAAGAGAUGACAAGAAGAAGGACGGACAUAAGCAUCAACAGAAAAAGAGCUCGGAAAAAAAUAUGUCCGAAAUAGACGAGCACAUAUUAAAGAGAUUCGAAAUUAAAAAGAGAUUGGGCAAAGGGGCCUACGGGAUUGUUUGGAAGGCUGUCGACAAGAAAACCAAAGACGUGGUCGCAAUAAAAAAGAUAUUUGACGCGUUCAGAAACCAGACCGACGCGCAGAGGACGUUCCGGGAGAUUAUAUUCUUGCAAUCGUUCAGAAAUCACCCGAACAUCGUUAAACUACACAGCAUACAUAGAGCUCUGAACAACAACGACAUAUACCUGGGAUUCGAAUACAUGGAAACGGACCUGCAUAACGUCAUCAAACGCGGGAACAUAUUGAAAGACAUCCACAAACGGUACAUAAUGUAUCAAAUGCUUAAAGCGACGAAGUACAUACACUCUGGGAACGUGAUACAUCGCGAUCAAAAGCCCAGUAACGUGUUAAUAGACAGCGCUUGUAGAGUGAAGUUGGCAGAUUUCGGUCUGGCUCGCUCAGUCUCUAGUGUGUACUCUGGCGGAGAAGAUGGCGCAGAUCCUUGUCUGACUGAUUACGUCGCCACGCGCUGGUACCGAGCCCCGGAGAUACUUAUAGCUAGCAAGAAUUACACAAAAGGAAUCGACAUGUGGUCCCUUGGUUGUAUCCUGGCUGAGAUGCUGGUUGGGGAGCCUCUGUUUCCCGGGACAUCGACCGUCAAUCAAAUUGAGAGGAUCAUGGCGACACUCCCGAGGCCAUCGAACGAAGACAUAACAGCCGUAUGCAGUGGCUACGGGUCGGCUUUGAUACGAGAACAGGCGUCACAUAACGGAGGGGGCGGUUCGUUGGCCACGAGACUGGCGUGCACCCCUCGCGACGCUUCCGACCUUGUCCAGAAGCUGCUGGUCUUCAAUCCUGCGAAGAGGCUCAGCGCCGAAGUAGCUCUCAAUCACGAAUACGUCUCCAAGUUUCAUCGUGAAAGAGACGAGCCCACCCUCCCGUCAGACGUGCUACUGCCCUUGAGAGACGACAAACAGAUGUCCGUGGACGACUACAGGAACAAACUGUACAGCAUCAUGGCCAAGAGUUCGAGCAGCAAUGGACACGCCAAGAAGCAUUUUUCGGGGAACAAAACCUACCCUCAACCGUCAACGAUAAAAGGCAGCAAGAGCGUUCAAGACGCGGAAUUUUCUAGAACAAGUACGAAAGCUAAGCUGAGCGCGUCAGCCGAACAGUCUAGAACGAAAUCGAAGCCGGAGCGAUCGCUCAAAGAGUUCAGAUCGGAGCAGACCGUCACUAAGCCCUUAAAAGCGUUAAGACCGUACGAGAAUCGAAGCUUCUGGAACGAGCCCAACUGCCAAGGCGAUUAUUUCCAGACUCUGCCGCGUCAGAGCCCCUCGGAGACCAGGGUCGUCGAGGCCAAGAGCACGCAGCAGCGCAGGAAUUCGACCUCGUUUUCGACCGUGACGAUAGGCGACGCCGAUUAUUGCGUCAGCAGACACAAGCACGGCGUCAUCACGGCCAGCGCUCUCAUGGACCUGAGGAGUAGCAUACGUUGAGCGUGAACGUAUCGUCUUCUCGCAUUAAAGCUGUAUAAUCUCAAAACU